AUCAUGACUGGUCGUGGAAAAGGCGGUAAAGGAUUGGGCAAGGGAGGAGCUAAGCGUCAUCGCAAAGUGCUACGUGACAACAUCCAAGGUAUCACGAAACCCGCUAUUCGCCGACUUGCUCGUCGAGGGGGUGUGAAGCGGAUUUCUGGCCUCAUCUAUGAAGAAACUCGAGGUGUCCUGAAAGUCUUUCUCGAAAAUGUCAUCCGGGAUGCUGUGACUUACACCGAACAUGCUAAAAGAAAGACCGUCACUUCUAUGGACGUAGUUUACGCACUCAAAAGGCAAGGACGUACCCUCUACGGUUUUGGCGGAUAA